CAUUGUUCCAAGAUACAUGUAAGAUUAUACAUGUAUAGUAUAUUAGGAAGUGCUAGUGCUUGUUGCUUAUAGAGGAUAUUGUUAUAGACAAGUUAACACGGAAAUACAGAACAAAGACCAUUUAACUUUGAUUGAACUAUAACGCUGAUAUUACAUGUACACGUAGGAACAUUGUAAAGAUACGAUAUGUAUUUCACAUGAGUAGUGUUUGUAUAAUUGCAGAUAAAAAUCUCAGUCGGUUAACAAUGGCAGGUACAGAAUUGAGGAAACUUGCAUUAUGGGUUACAAUACUAACUCUCGUACAACUAGGAGCUACGCAACCUGCACCAAGAAAGAAUGUUCUUUUCCUGGUAUCCGAUGAUAUGCGUCCAGAAAUAAACUCAUUUCUUGGGCCCGAUUUCCCAACGCCCAUCCAUCCGACGAUGUUUACUCCAAAUCUGGAUGAACUAGCGGGGAGGAGUUUGAUGCUAGCCCGGAGUUACGUCCAACAAGCGGUGUGCUCUCCAAGUAGAACCUCCCUGUUGACUGGGAGAAGACCUGACACCACGCACGUUUAUGAUCUCGUAAAAUACUUCAGACAUGUCGGUGGUAACUUUACAACCAUUCCACAGUAUUUCAAACAGCACGGAUAUAUGUCUGUUGGAAUGGGGAAGAUAUUUCAUCCAGGUCACGCCUCCGGGGGUGACGAUCCACCAUCCUGGUCAGUCCCUUAUUAUCAUGCCCCAAGUGCAAAAUACUGGGGUCCCAUCGGCCGCCGUCACAGUUGGUUGGCCGUUGACGAAUCAACUGAGAGACAACACCCACUCCCAGAUUCUGAAACUGCUCAAAACGCUAUUGAAACUUUAAGAAAGGUCGCUCCAAAAGCUAAAUCUGGAGAACAGCCAUUUUUUGUUGCAGUUGGAUUUCAUAAGCCUCACUUGCCGUUCAUAUUCCCAGAGAAAUUUAUCCAACAUUAUCCAGAAUCUGUUAUACGCUUACCAGAUAACCAAUACGCCCCAGUAGAUAUGCCCCCAGAAGCCUGGUCAGAAUAUGGUGAAUUACGUCACUACUCGGAUAUUGCAAAACUGAACGCUAGUGGCCACAUUAACACCACUCUCCCGAAAGAUGUCGUUUUGCAACUUAGACGCGCUUACUACAGUGCACUUAGCUAUACCGACUCCCUUAUCGGGGAUGUAAUUGGGGAACUGAAAAACCUCGGGCUUGAAAACAACACCAUUAUCUCUUUUUGGGGUGAUCACGGAUGGCAACUAGGUGAACAUGGCGAAUGGUGUAAGCAUACAAACUUUGAACUCGCUACACAUGCUCCAAUGCUUGUCUAUGUCCCGGGAAUCACAGAUAAAGGUAUCAAACCUGAGAAAUUAACGGAAUUUGUAGAUCUUUUCCCAACUUUGGUGGAAGCCGCCGGACUCCCGUUGAUCCCUCUGUGCCCAAAGGAUUCGUCGAAAAUAGAAGUAUGCACGGAAGGUCAGAGCAUGAUUCCUCUGGCACGUGACCCCAGUGCACCAUGGAAACAGCGGGUAUUCUCCCAGUACCCACGUUCGUACCCUGUCAAAGAGGUCAUGGGAUACACAAUGCGCACAGAGAAGUACCGUUACACUGAAUGGGCCAAAUUCAAUUAUAAAACAUAUAUGCCAGACUGGACCUCAUUGGCUGGAGUAGAGCUAUAUGAUCACGUGACCGAUGAUGAGGAAAAUCACAACAAAGCCAAUGAUCCAAGUUACAAGAAAAUACGAAAUACUCUCAGCCAACAAUUGCACCAAGGGUGGAGAGCGGCUCUGCCUAAUGUAAGGGACAAUACUCUAUACUUUACACCAGUGUAAUACUGUGUAAAAACUCGUGCCAUCAUACGUUGGCCAAUUCCAGAAACACCCUUAAUUAUUUCUGAGUGGCAUUUUCCAAAGACAUAAAUCAAAUGUUAGAUAAAUCUAUUCAGUACAAUUUGCAAUUCUCUUAUCUUCAUUCUAAUUAGCUAUAAAAUAUGUGAGAAACUCAUUUAUUGACCUUCUAUGAACCUCCAAAAAUUGACAAAUGAUGACAUAUCUAUAUUCACUAAAGUCGACAUAUUCCACCAAGGACAUACAAUAUAAAUUGUUUGAUUCCAUGCGUCGACCUUUGAUCUUUCUAAUAAAUUUUCCAAGCAAUGCGACUCCUUGAAGAUUUAUUUGUCCCAAUCUUCAAUGAAAUACAUGCAUUUAAAAGAUAAAAGCUAUAUCGAAACAAUAAGUAUAUGGACGUUUUUUGUCCACCCUGUAUGGAAUUUCAGUGAGUCCCCAUCCGUCACAUGAUUCUAAAUUGUAAAUAAUAUUUGAUAUAUUACGUACUGUUUCAUUUAGAAAACAAACCAUAUAGAAUAUCAAAUCAUAGGCUUUAUAUCAAAAGUCAUAUUCGAUGCUUUGACUUUUUUACAUAUUAGGUAUAUACAAAUUAUAUCCACUAAAAUCAUCUGGCAUUGAUUUCGCACAUAUUGUCGUAUACAAAUUACGUAAUUUUCUUGGUUCAUAAGCCUCUACAUCCCUUGAAGAGACCUAUUAUAAAGUAUUGGAUUAAAGAGGGACUAAGGGCGACGACAAAACUCGAAAAUCCAAACAUCUUAUAGUCGACUUGAUGUUGCAAAGCUACGAAUAUCAUAUAUUCUGGUCCAGGUCAGGUAAUGACUCCAAAAAGUAAUUAAUAUCAAACUUCCUUAAUUCUGUUGGCUUCUCAAUACUUGGUCAGCUAGAUCAGCUCUUUUUGACCUUCUGAGAGCAUCGGCCAAUGCCUUUCUCUUGUCCACACCUCUAUCCUGUUCGUUUCUCCAGCUUACGAGUAUGUUUAAACCCCAGGUUUUGGCAUUUUGUUGGUUACUCAGUUUCAUGGUUUGUACCUGGUGUUGGCUCAUACCAAGUCGAAUGGCAACCUCUUCAAUAUCAUACCCCAAUUUCAUGCCAAUGUCAAGGAGCUCGAUAUCACUCAGUUCACCUUGAAAAAUAAUUUGAAAAAGUUUGAACAUUUAAAAAUAGAUCUACUGUCACUUAGCCACCAAUUAUAUUAAUUUGGAAAAAAUUAUUUUCUGUGCAUUCAUUGAAGAUAUACUGUAACAUAUUAGCGUACAAAAUUAUUUAUAUUUAGGAGUGGUUAUUCAAAUUCGAAAAGCUGCUUAUUUUGUGGCAAGCAGUUGAGCUCAUAGUUUUUGAAAUUAAAUAACCCAUGACCGGGAUAACAAGCCAUUAGGAUGACAAAAUGUCACAUAAUGUAAAUACAAAUGUACAUUCGAGAAUGUUUCACUUACCCUGGGUUUGUUCCACCAAUUGUUCAAUGUUGUACCAUAGUUUAUGACGAUGCAAUUCUAUUAGAUCCGGGUGAAAUUCACAAAGCUUCUGACCAAGGUUAAUAUCUUUCUCUAAAAUUGGUACUAACAUCUGCGCCUCUUCUGGUACAUCCUGACAUCUGCAUCUGACAGAAACCUCAAAUCUGACAUUGGGACAAUAGUUCUUAAUGGUAGACUUCAGAUUUGCCUCGACGUCCUCACGGAUUCUGGUACACAUAGCGUUUUUCCCAUGAUUUGUCAUCCCUUUUGAUAAUUGAUGGAGUUGUAUCUCUAUGUGAUUGUCUUCAGCUAGAAGUGUUAACACAUGAAAACCAUCGGCAAUUUUAAACUUAACGUAAUCAAAGAAUACAUUGCCAUGUAAAAACCAUGUAUUUGCGUUACAGAUUUUUGCAACGAGUCGAUGAAAAAGCCCUUUAGGGAGGAAUGAGAAUUUGAAGAAAAGUGCGCCACAAACUAGUGGUUUAUUUUUCAUAACAUCAAUGUCACUAGACUCUCUUUUAGGAAGCAGACAAGGCACAAAGAAUUGCCGUUUCUCAUGAAUAUUCUCCACGCAAUUUCUAAAUGGACAAAUUAAGUCAAAACGUUGCAUGAGUUCUAUCAUUACGUCACUAUGUAUCGCUAUAUCAGCGUAAAGUUUCUUCCACACGGUUUCAAUGAAUUGCUCUUGAAGCACACCAUAUUUAUCCAGUUUAUCCCAGACGUUGCUGUCAAGUGUAUUUCGUCCUUUCGCGAAUCUGUGAAACUUGGGUACUGUUAUAAUACUCUUGAAAACAUCAAUGAGCCACUGAGGAUCCAAGAUCACUAGAUCGUUGAGAUUGAUUUCAUUGAAGUAGAUUAUGUCUCCGACUGAAUGAUAAAAUUCAAGACAAGCCCGGACAGAAUCUUCAUCCAAACCCUCUUUAAAACCAAUCUUUGCCACUUCAUCAAACUUAAGAAAAUGCCUUGGAUGUUGGUCAGCGGUUCCCACUUUGAACUCAAUGAGCCUUUUCUCUAAAAGCAGCCAUUUAAUUGGUACUUCCUGUCCCCAGAAUCUUUGCUCUUCUGCUAGCUCUACGAUCUUCUCCUUGAGUUCAUUCAACUCGGAGUCGUCGUCAGAUUGAUUGUCGACUGCAAAAUAUGUUUUGCAGACAUGUGGAAAGUAGACCUUAUCCUGAAUAUUUAAGUUUAGAUUGAGGAAAUAGUCGUCAAGAUUCUGCUGGUCAGUUUCGUGUGUCUGCAAAUUAGAAAUGCUUUGGUUAAAGUCACAUGUUUUAUUUUUUCUGAAAUGUCAGUUACGCAAUAUUAUAUUAACUCCUAUCGACUUGGUAAUAUUCGUAUUUAUUCUUAUAUAUUACCAUAUUGACGAUAUCUUUGUGUGUUCCUACUAUGAUGACGGGGGGACUCAGCGAUUCUGUUUCAGAAGAUGACUUUCCAGUAUGAGUAUGUAUAGAGUUUAACCAGUAGUCUAAGUAGUCUAAAAUGUUGAAAAUAAAUUUGAUGUUAAGAAAAUACAAAUGGCGAUUCAAACAACGUGAAUCAAGUAUGAAAUUAGUGAACCACACGUUGGUCUGAUCCUAAAAAUAUUGCGUUUCGCAAUUUUAUGAAUUCCAGAAAACAAAAAACCUCUGUUCAAUGAUUAAUUAUAAAAACAUAACGACAAUGUGUUCUGGGCUGCUGGGCGGCGGUUGAUAGUUUUAAUAUUACUUGUGAAUCUUUGUAUUUAUCGUGUUUGCAUUUAUGUCUUAUAAUUACCGUAUUAAUAAAUUGUAUUUUAGCUCAGAACAAUGUUAUUACAUUUAUGUUUAACAUCCUAAUGCAUUUCAGGAUUUUCUGUAAACCAG